AUGGUAUUUGGUUAUGGGUCUUGCGCAAACUUGGAGUGCACGUUUCCCAGGCCUCGAGGUAUAUCUGCUUCUGGAACAGCAACCAGAGAACUUGUUGACAAUCAGCCUAACAUGACUAGCGUCCCGGUCCAAGAUGGCCCUAUCAACCACCGACGCGCCACAUACGUGUCACAGGUCCCUGAUUCCCGGGCCGGCUCGUCCCCACCGCUGUCCCGCGGAGGGGCGAAUGCACCGGUCUUGUCCGCUGCAGCGUCUGGCCGAUUACGGAGUCAGCGCUGUGGUGGCACGCGUUCGCGGACCUACCAUUGGCGACACUACCACGACCCAGUAGCGUAUCCUGCGAUCGGAGUCUGCUCUCGCCGUCGGACGGGCUGCGCACACAUGAAAACACAGAAGGAGCAGAGUACUGUGGACAAAGGUACCAUGGGACGUUCGAUUGCGGAAUUACCUGCCGAGGGGAAUGCGCUGGACCCGAAGUGA